AUGGCGUCGGGUGAUGCUACACAAAGCCCUGUAGUCAAGAGGAAGCAAAAGGAUGGAUUUGUGAGCGAAAAACACAACAGCGAUGGAGAGACGUCAAGUUUCUGCAGCUCCGAUGACUUGGAGCCAGAAUGGCUUGACGACAUCCAAAAGAACGGCGAGCUCUUCUACUUGGAGUUGAGUGAAGGAGAAGAGGAGCUGGCGCUGACCCGGGCUGCAAACCACGUCCGCUUCAGUGACAAAGAAGCAGAAAUCAUCACAGAGCCAAACACAAAACAACACUCUGGUUCUCGAGCUAAAGGAACCGCCACGCUCAAGAGACUUGCCAAAAUACUGAGAAGAAAACGCAGGUCGACUCUCAGUAAAGGCAAAGAUGCACCGGCGUCUAUUUUGAAGAACCAGAAUGGGCCAAGACAGGGAGGCAGUGUUCGGAUGCAGCUCAAAGAAGUGUGUGUGUAUCUCAACCCCAAGCGGCUCUCAGCCUCCUCAGUGCCUCUGUUUGAGGAUGGGGGUCUUCUGGAGGCUCUGCUGGGGGUGAUUCAUCGUCCAGCCUGGGACUCUGAAGGCAUGAGGCAGGAGGACAGGCUUGGCGUGCACGGGCUGGUACCAAACUCUCCUGCUGCUAAGUGCGGAGACAUCCUGAUUGGUGAUGUGCUGGUUGCCAUGGACGACGUCGAGGUGAACUCUGAAAACAUUGAGAGGGUUUUGUCCUGCAUCCCUGGACCCACACAGGUGAGAUUGACCCUGGAGACCAUGGUCCCUGUGAACAGAGCUGACGAUGCGUUGGAGGGCCAUAGGAUGAAGUCGUCUCCUCCGGUCAGUCAGCUGGUUCGCCUGCUGUGGGGAGAGGACACGGCAGAGUUACAGAUGUCCAUCCAACACCUCCCACACAUCGCUCUGUAUCUGUCACUCAAACUGGACUCUGCGUCUCCAAAGGACGAGGAGGAGAUCUUGUACCAGUACCCAGUGUCUGAAGCGUCUCGUCAGCUCAAAGGCGUCAGAGGGAUCUUUCUGACUUUAUGCGACAUGUUGGAGAACGUCACAGGAGGACAAAUCCUCAGUUCGUCUCUGCUCCUUGGGAAACAUCUGGUGCACGUGGGCUACUGGAAAGAGAAAAACAACCUGUUGGUGAUCGGGCUGCCUGCUGACAAGGUUCCUCUUCUGUGUCUGCAGACUGUGGUGAAAGACCUUGUGAGGACUUUAAAAGUGAUGUACGGCUCCUUGGACAGUGCGUUCCUGGAGCCGGACCGCUCUCCUCGGCUCGACCACUUCUUCUGCCUGUUCUUCCAGCAGCUCAUUCAGCCGUCACGUCUCACUGAGGGCCACGCAGCUCCCCCGGUGGACGCCUCUGGGACACUGUUCUUAGAUGGACUUCCUGCUGUUCGAUGGCUCACUCUGCCUCCACAAAUCAAGAUGGAGGUGGACACUCUUCUGUCAGACUUUGAAUCUUCUGACUUUGGUGAAAUGUCCGAAGACUAUUUUGGUUUAAGGAGAAUGUACGUGAUCCUUGGCUCCUGUUUGUUUUAUAAGUCCUACCUGAUCGCGAACCAUUUACCGAAGGAGGAGCUUCUGGACGUGAGCCUGUACUGUCGACACUUCCUGCUGCUGCCUCUGUCCUGGGAGCCGAGGGUGGGGCAGCUGGUGGUCUGGAGGGAGGUGUUUCCUCAGCAGAGAGCCACCGCAGCUCCAGGGUUCAACACGCCGCAGGGACGAUACUUUCUGCUCAUCGUGGGACUGAGACACUUCCUGCAGUGUGUGCUGCUGGAGGCCGGAGGUUGUGCUUCUCCCGCUGUGGGGGCUCCAGGUCCAGACUCUGUUUACGUUGACCAGGUGAAGGCCACUCUGCUGCAGUUGGAGGAUGUGGAAGGGGGGAUAGAGCAGCGCCUCACUGCUCCUGCAGCUCCAUGUCUCUCCUGUGCAGACUGGUUCCUCCCCGCCUCCUCCUCCGCUCGGGAACGUCUCGACAGCCUGGCCUCCUCCUCCCCUGUCCUCAGCAAACUCGUCAAAGCCUCGUCUACUUCAGGAUAUAGGGGUCGCAGUCUGUUUGGGGAGAAAUCCCGGAGACAGAGUCCACAGAGGAGCCUGUCAGACGGUGAGGGACCAGAGCUGGCACGGGGCCUCAGUCCACACUCUACCCCAGAGUCAGGGAGGCGGCUGGGGGCCAGACGGGACUCUCUGAGGUCUGGAGGGUCCGAUGGCGGCGGAGGACUGUUCAAGAGCCCAUGGAUGAAGCACCCAAACCCCUUUCACCUCGGCAAUUUGAAGAGAACUCUGACUGAGAAAGAGACUGAGGACAUGUACAGCAGCAUGAAACUGAGCAGUGGCGCUGAGAACACUCUGUUUCACUUCUUGCUGAUGGACAGUGUUCAGGGCGUCUUCAUUGCUCCCUCUCACAGAGACGUGGCUCUCAUCAGCGGCUCCAUUCACCCUCAGCUCAUCACAAACUUCCACCACUGCUGCCUGUCCAUCCGCCGUGCCUUCAGCCAGAGCGCCCCCGCCAAGGGCAGGCGUGCGGCGGGUCGACCACAGCCCGGAGCCUGGGGUCUUGGUCCAGUGAAGGAACACGGGGUCCUGUUCCAGUGCAAACCCCCAAACUGGACCGACCAGAAGAAGCCUGCGCCCACCAUGACGUACUGGGUCAUAGGGCGGAUGUUGCUUGAACCGGUUCCACAGGAGUUUUACGUCUGUUUUCAUGACUCCGUCCCCGAGGUCCCGGUGGAGAUGGCCUUCAGACUCUCCUUUGGGCUGAACUUGUGA